UGCCUCCUGAAAAACAAGUUCAAGAGUUGAGAUCCGUUACACGGGCCGGCGUCUGGCCCUCCGCCGCUAUGGCUGCCAGCUGCGUGGGCAAGUGCGCGCCGGUGUUCCUCCUCGCCGUCAUUUUUGAUGCUGCCGGUCUGGUUGUAAUUCUGGUGGGGAUUUUUGGCAAGCUCAACGUGGACGGCCGCUUCUACGGAGAUUUUCUCAUCUACACGGGCGCGCUUGUCAUUUUCUUCAGUUUGGUGUGGUGGGUGUUGUGGUACACCGGCAACGUCCAAUCCGCGGAACACAGGGGAAGUUCCCUGGACAUCAGUUUUACGCACUGGGCGAGGAAACUGUCUGAGAGGUUCUCCAGAAGUGCCAUAAAGAAUCUGGAGAACAAGAACGUUGGCAAAGAGAUGAACGGAACCGCGCCUCGUGACGUUCCCACUCGGAUUACUUGGCAAUUGACAGCAGGUCACGACAACAAGGGAUUUGAUGGGGGGACUGAGUGCAACCCAGACGGCAAAAACGUGGAGUUGGGUGUACUGAAGAACUCGGAUGUGAAUGUGCACGCUGUGGAGAACAAAUCGGAGAAGUCUCUCUGCCUGGAGAAGCUGUCUUCCUCAACGCGACUGUCCCUAUCCUCUUCCUUGUGGAUGUCUUCGGUUCCUACAGUUUCUGGGAUUUUCUCGUCUUCUCCAGACCCCUCAUCGUUUUCAUCAGCCCAGUGGUGGUCUGGAUUUUCAGGUAUCUCUGAAACCUGGAGGUCCCGAUGGAGAAGCUACUGUCCAGAUGAAAAACACUUUUUUCAGGUUACCUGAUCAACUGAAACCUAAGAUGAUCUUCAAAUUAAAAAUCGCCUUAAACAUGACUUGAUUAC